UUGAACAUGCUCACGACCCCAUUGUUGAAUUCUCUAACGCAAUGCCUGUAUCAAGGUUGACCGCCGCAGUGGCAUUUGGAGCUGGAGCUGUGCUGGGGGGACUGGGGGGUAUUGCACUGUAUAAACGCACGCAAAAAACAGAAGUAAUUGUCCCGCAUGUUCCUGCUACAUUGCCUCCAACACUACCUACGGAUGUGACUGAACAACCAGUCCAUAAAGCAAAGGAAAUCAUGAAGUUUGGCUUUCCAGGGCCAGUAUCUGAUCUCCUCUACCGCCAAGCAUAUGUUACUUCCUACAAUCGUUCUUUAAGAAAUCCAAACUGGGUAGCAGAGCAUCUGACAGCAGCUACCCUGGAGGGAAAAUCCAAUUCCUCCACUAGUCUGAUAGUAGUAGAUGAAGCGAAUCUUGAUAAACCGGACCGGAGUCAUUCGACCUUCAGAGAGGAUUUACGGAUUCCAAGAUUAUUCCGUGCAAAGCUGAAGGAUUAUGUGAAGACCGGAUAUGAUCGGGGGCACCUCGCACCAGCUGCUGACGUUCGCGAUUCACAAGAAGCUAUUAACGAAACCUUCCUUUUAACAAAUAUCAGCCCCCAAGUCGGAAAGGGAUUCAAUAGAAACUACUGGUUCUAUUUUGAGAGCUUUGUUCGAUCCCUCACCAAAGUCUUUGACGAUGUUUAUGUCAUUACUGGACCACUCUACCUACCAAAAGUAGGAGAAGAUGGGCGAUCGUACGUCAAGUAUGAGGUUAUCGGCGAUCCACCAAAUACGGCUGUUCCGACGCAUUUUUACAAGGUUGUAUUGGGUGUGAAGGGAAAGGAGCAUGCCUUACAAGGGUUCGUCCUGCCCAAUGAACCCAUUGAAAACACUGCAUCCCUUGAAGCUUUUACUAUGCCGCUUGACGCAAUCGAGCGAGCGGCAGGGUUGGUUUUCUUUCCCGAUCUCAAUAGGUUGGCUUACAAACCGCUUUGUGCCGUUACGAAAUGCGAUAUCACACACAUGUUGGAGGCGUCCAAAAAAGCUUCCAAAUGGCGACUUUAAGCAGGAACGCUGGAGUCUUAGUCGAUACUGAUACUCACAGGUAAAUCGGAAGUUUGGCAUUCCAGUACCGAAUUACACCAUGUUACAGCUGUUUCGCAUACUAUAUACCAAUACAGUUUGCAAUUCUGUUACGCG